CUUCCCUUCCUUCCGGUAUCCAACUAUCCAUAGCUCUGCUGAAAUUAGUGGAGUUCGAUACAUCGGUUUGGCCUUCCAGUCAUAAACGCUUGCAGAGAAAACGUAUAAUCAAAAGAGAACAACAAUACAUUCUACAAUUGACAACUAAUCAUGUCAACUCUCUUCUCAGCUGGAACCCUUUCCCCUCUACGCUCGUUAUCCUCUACACUCAAUUUUCAUCCAAAUGGGUUCCUUCCAAUUCUCUCCAAAUCCAGGUCACACUCCCUUAUUGCCAACUCUUUGCUUUCUGAUAAGUUUCCAACGGUGGCUGCCCCAUCAACGGGACCUAUUCCUCCGUCUCAUCUCAUCGAAGUGGUUAAAACUGCAGCAAAUACUGGCGCUCAGGUUGUGAUGGAAGCAGUCAAUAAGCCUCGAAAUAUUACAUAUAAAGGAUCAACUGACUUGGUGACCGAGACUGAUAAAAUGAGUGAAGCUGCCAUAUUAGAAGUGGUGAAAAAGAAUUUUGAUGAUCAUCUUAUUCUCGGGGAAGAAGGAGGAGUUAUAGGAGAUGCAGCAUCUGAUUAUCUCUGGUGCAUUGAUCCUUUAGACGGAACAACAAACUUUGCACAUGGUUAUCCGAGCUUUGCUGUCUCUAUUGGAGUUUUAUAUCGAGGGAAUCCUGCUGCUGCCGCAGUGGUCGAGUUUGUUGGAGGCCCAAUGUGUUGGAAUACUCGCCUCUUCUCUGCAACGGCAGGUGGUGGAGCAUUUUGUAAUGGCCAAAGGAUUCAAGUGAGCGCAACUAAUCAGGUGGAAAAAUCUCUUCUAGUGACAGGCUUUGGGUAUGAUCAUGACGAUGCAUGGGCUACUAACAUCGACUUAUUCAAAGAAUUUACAGAUGUCAGCAGGGGUGUAAGACGGCUUGGUGCAGCUGCUGUGGACAUGUGUCAUGUAGCAUUAGGAAUUGUAGAAGCUUAUUGGGAAUAUCGUCUAAAGCCAUGGGAUAUGGCUGCUGGUGUUUUGGGUAGCAUCUUAGGUGUUGUGGAAGCCUAGUUGGAACAACUCCUUCAGUGAGAGAAGACACCGCAAAGAGUGCAAACACUUGAAAGAAAGGAAAAGAAUUAUUGCUGGACCGUUUUACAAAAAAUUAAAAAACAUACAAGAUUUCUAUCCUAGCAUCAAGCCUCAUUCUUGGUCUUUUAUCAUGUCCUAUCCAUGUAUUCAUGUUCUUUUUUUGACAGCACUAAAAGCCUUUUGUAUCUUCUCCUUAGCUUUGUCCAUUGCUUCAUAAAUGAAUCUCAUGGCUAGUUUUUUAUCCAAAUCAACCACUCAAAGAACUUAUUGCACCCUUUAUAUAAAUUAUGAUAUUCCUCCAAAAAUUCUUAUCCAAAACCACAUCCUCAAUUCUUUUUCCAUCCUUUGUUUUGGUAAACCUACUAGACUUCCAUUCAUUACUAGUUAAUCUUUUAAUUAAAAUUCUCUUGUUCUCAUGAUGACACUCUAAUGUCAAGUAAGAUGUUGCAAAGUGAGUAAUACUCAGCCUCACCGAAUCUCCUCCUUUUGUGAAAUGUUGUAAUAGAGAAAUUAGAGAAGUUCUUGAAUAGAUAAAGGUUGUAAUUCUUUUAUCUAUUCAAAUUGUCUUCUCAUGAAUUGGGAUCUCCUUCUCAUAAUCCUCCAAGACUAAGUCAACAUUGUUCAACACAAGGUGUCCAAAAUAGCUUUUUCCACUUUGCCAUGAACAUUGACUAGCAACUUUAUUGUUUGCUGCAUUAUCCCCAAGCUAUUCUACAAUUCUAUUCAUCAUUUCAAAAAUUCUAUAAGCUGUUUUUGAAAUUACAAAUUCACCAAUGGACUUGAAAAACGUGAUUCAUUUUUGGGUUAUUCACUAAAAAGUUUAUUGUUGUCCUACUUUUCUGAUCAGUCUAACCAUCAGUCAUAAUUGUGCACUUGUUUUCUUCCAUUCAUCCUUAUGUGCUUGUAAAGCAAGUGAUGUAUGUUUUACUUCCUCCAUACUUUUACAUUGAAUUCCUCACUGUCACAUUGAAAGGUAUAAUACUGUUGUAAAAAACCUUAGCAAUUGCCGUGCUUCCUUUCUCACACCUUUCUUAAACAUGGUCUUGAUGGCAGCUUGUGUGCUAACUACUCUCUUCGAGCAUAACAAUCACACAAAAUGAAAGGAAUUAACAGUUGUAUUAAAUUUAUAGGAUUAAUUGAAUGCUGUUUCCUUUAUCUCCCUAUUUCAGUAUAUAAUUUUUUAUUUACUAGUAAUCCCUUUAAUGAAUUCAGUUUUAUCACUCCACUUCCUUAACAGAAUCGUUUAAUUAUGAGAAUAUUGUGU